AGGAAUUGCUUAAGUGGAAAAUAGAAUUAAGAAGGGAAGAUUCCUCCCCUUUACAUCUUUAAGUUACCACAAAUAAAUAUCAUGUGUCAACUUACUAUCUAUCAUUGGAAAAAAAAAUAGAUAUUCUACAUCCUCUAGCUUCAAUACUUCUCAUUUGGGAGGAAGAAUUUGCCAUCCGGCAUUUGUAAUAUCUACAUAUUCAUCAGUUCUAUAUUAUAUUCUGCAGUCAUAUAUUUAUAUGAAGUAGCUUAACACAAAAUUGCAUUCAUGCUGGAAUUUGUUUGAUCGUGCAGCCAUUCCAGAUGAUAUCUGUCUCUAAGAUCUUCUUCAUUUACUUGAAUGACAGGAAGCUAAAAGCUUAUUAGCUGAUGUAAAACUUGAUGAUGUAGCGAAAGUGAGAGUCAGUGGCUAUAGUGGUGGAAUGAAACGUCGCCUUAGUUUAACAAUAGCAUUGAUUGGAAAUCCGAAGCUUCUCUUUUUGGAUGAACCAACAACUGGUAUGGAUCCUGUAACUCGGAGGCAUAUCUGGAGUGUAAUUGAGGCUGCAAAGCAAGGACGUUCAAUCAUUCUGACAACACAUUCUAUGGAGGAAGCUGAUAUUUUAUCGGAUCGAAUUGGAAUUAUGGCAAAGGGAAGACUUCGCUGCCUUGGGACAUCAACCACAUUGAAGUCUCAAUUUGGAGCUGGUUUUAUUACUAAAGUUAGUCUGAAUAAAGUUGCUGAAGAUGUGAAUUCUGCAGCUGCUAAUGUGAUAGACAGGAAACGUGAGGCAGUCAAAGAAUACUUCAGACAGCACCUGGAUGCCACACCAAAAGAGGAAGAUAAGUCCUUGACUUUUGUUAUUCCUCACGAGAAGGAGAAUCAACUAGGAAAAUUUUUCUCCAAGCUAGAAAACAGGAAAACGGAAUUUGGCAUACUAAAUAUCCAGAUAGGUCUUACAACGCUAGAAGAAGUGUUUAUGAACAUUGCAAAGAAGGCAGAGCUAGAGGAAGCCAAAUCUGAAGGAAGCAUCAAGACACUGGCAUUAGCAUCCGGAACCACUCUCCAGGUACCCUUAGGAUCGAAGUAUGUAGAGAUCCCAGGGACAACAUCCUCAGAGAACCCUCGAGGGCUUAUGGUUGAGGUUUAUUGGGAACAGGAUAAUCAUGGCAAUCUCUGCAUCUCGGGACAUUCUAAUGAAAUUCCAGUUCCACCAGGUCUUCAACUAACAACUUAAAAGAGAGAGGUUGUAUUGUAUACCAGUUUUAAGGAAUUGCUUCUGUUAACGUAAUGCUUUGUAUAAUAUAUCCUAGCCUCAUUACAAAAGAGUUCAAUUUUUAGUUAUUAUGAGCAGUGCAUGCAGACAAAUCUUGAUUUCUUAUAAUGAGAAUGAAUUAUAUUUAUAAGUUUCCAACAGUGAUAUUCAUGGAGACAAAUAUUUUUCUUUUGGCA